CACCCUGCACCUUUGUUCAGCUCCGCCCAGUACCGCCUAGCUGUAGCCUCUCUGCCCACCAGCCUCAGAGCCGGCUCUGGUUGUGCCGAGAUGGGGCUGCCCAGGCCAGGGCUGUGGCUGAAGAGGCUCUGGGUCCUCUUGCAGGUGGCCGUGCAGGUGGCCGUGGGCAAAGUGUUCCUGAUACUGUUUCCCGAGAGAGUCAAGCAACACAUCUUGGCCAUGAACGAGAAGAACCCCCACUUUUCCUAUGACAACUGGGCCCCGACCUUCUACAGCAUGCAGUAUUUCUGGUUUGUCCUGAAGGUCCGAUGGCAGCGACUAGAGGACAGGACUGAGCCCGGGGGCCUGGCCCCCAACUGCCCUGUGGUCCGGCUCUCAGGACAAAGGUGCCACAUUUGGGACUUCAUGCAAGGCAACAGGCCACUGGUGCUGAAUUUUGGAAGUUGUACCUGACCUUCAUUUCUUUUCAAAUUUGACCAAUUCAAGAGACUUACUGAAGACUUUUGCUCCACAGCAGACUUCCUCAUCAUUUACAUCGAAGAAGCACACGCAUCAGAUGGCUGGGCUUUUAAGAACAACGUGAACAUCAGGACUCACAGGAAUCUCCAGGACCGCCUGCAGGCCGCCCGCUUGCUGCUGGACAGGAGCCCCCAGUGCCCUGUGGUGGUGGACACGAUGGAGAACCAAAGCAGCCAGCGCUAUGCGGCACUGCCUGAGAGGCUCUAUGUGCUCCAGGAGGGCAGGAUCCUCUACAAGGUGACCAGGGGCACAGGGCCCAGGAAGGGUACGGGCAGAAAGGGCUUUGUAGCAGGCAGAUCUGCCUUCCCGUCGCCACCCAGCCAUUUACCAGCCAUGUGACCAGGGGCAAGUCCUCUCCUCGCGUGGAGUUUCAGUUUCCUCUUCAGCAAAAGGGAGGUGCGGCCCCCCCACUUCACGGGGGGUAAAAUAAUGCACAGGAAAGUCCCUAGAGUUUGGACUGGAGCUGCAGCCUCUUGUUGCCUUCUGAACCCAGAAGACUGGCCCAGCCCUAGUUCAGUUUGGAGCUGAAUGAGAGAAGCUUGUCUCCAUUUCAUAAACAACGCUCAGAGAAGGACAUUGACUUGCCCAAGGUCACACUGCACAAGGCUCUGAUUCCAAUUCUAAAUCCUUUGGACGGGGUGGGCCAGGAGUGGGAGGGUCUGAGGCAGGCCUGAACCUGGAGCGGGUUGUCGGAGUGGGAGCAGAACAAACCCUACAUGGGCAGCUGGAGAUGCUGAAGCAGGGAUUCAAGGCAGGAGUUGAGUCCCGGCUUGCUUUCCGGUGAUUGUGCCCCGCUUAGGGCUUCCAGCCUGGCCAGGGUGGGAGAUGAAAGCACAGCCUCUGGUCACUUGGGCACUGUUGGCCUCCCCUAAGAGGGCAGAAACCGUUUUAUAGCUGCCGAAGGGAUUCCAAACCUUGGAGAGCCCAGGAAGCCCAACCACGAGGCUGCUCCUCUGACCACAGGUCAAGCUGGCCCUACUUCUGCAGUGAAAUGAGCAACGACUUGCAGAUGAAUCCCCGAGGUGCCAGGGGUCACAGCACAAGGAUUCAGGUCCUUCUUCCUUUCUCCUCCGCAGAGACGUGGCUCUAAGAUGGCAUGAUGGAGGUUGGCAGGGUUAGGCCCCGUGCAACACAGGAAUGAAUUGAAAAUGGCUCACCCCUUACUUGGAGUCUGAGGGAUAAGGAAGACACACACACAGUUGCCCAGUGUCCCAAGUACUAUGAAACUCUGGAGCGGGGAUUAGCAAAUCUUUUCUGCAAAGGGCCUGUUUGUAAAUAUUUUCGACUUUGUGGGCCAAAUAAAUUCCUGGUCACAACAAUUCAAUCCUGCUGUUACAGCACAAUAUCAGCACAGACAAGAGGUAAAUGAGUGUGACGCAUCAGGACAGACUUGGCUCUCAGAUGAUAAAUUUCCUGACCCCUGAGGAAGGGUAGGCUCUUUAGAGGUGGUGACAAUUGUGUGGGCCUAAAGGCUAGGAAGCCAGCCACGUGAGCAGGGUGAGUGAAAAGCAUUGCAAAUAUAGGGAAGAAGGUGGGCAAAGGCACUGAGGCACGUUACAGCUGCGUGUGAAUGGAGAAUUGGGGGCAUUUAGGUGACAGGGGUCUCAUUCUGGACCAAGGAGUUCAGCCUACCUCUUAGGACAAAGGAGAGCCAUUGACAAGUUUUGAGCAGGAGAGAGGCAUGAUCGGAUCUGUAUUUUAUUUUAUUUUAUUUUUAAAUGUAUUUAUUUAUUAGAGAGAGCGCGUGCGUGCAUGUGAG